GCCAAAAAUGGAAUGUCAAUUCAGUAAAUAUUGUUAACUGUUAAAUCCUUUUUCACAAAUAAUGUGAUCCGCCCCCACAAAACCAUCGUACCGAGAAAAGCCGAUCAUCUCCGAGUCACACGAUUGGUUGUUUACAUUUAUCGAUUCGAGGGAAACACAAAACCGUGAAUGAACGUACACGCGGGACGUGGAAACCAGUGAUGAAAGAAGAUUCUAAAAUGUCAAAGCCCUUCAUCUCCUCCACCCCCAUGAAGUACGAGAAAUCUGACGCCAGUUUACUUACGACGUACACGGAAGUUCCGACAGACGAUGUUGUCCCAGAGGGAAUUUCACUAUGUAUCGAAAAAGAGAAAGGAGACAUCAAUGGAACAGCAGACAGCAGCUCUAUAUUGUCCUCUGAGGACAGCAGUAACAUGUUGUUUAACAGCUUUGUCAAAAUCCACAGCGGGGCCUCCAACUUCUACAAGUCUAAUCAUUCCCACAUCAAAAUGGGGGUAUAUGUAUCUUUGAGUGUGUUGUACUUGGCCUACUUUGUGGCUGCCAUGGUGAUCACACACCAGUCACAGGUCAAGGACCCUACACCUCUCAUUGCUAUUACCAUGGUGACAGUGACCUGUAUCGCUAUCUGGCUGGUGAGGAAGAAAUUUGGAGGAAAGAUCUCGGAAAAACUGGUCUUCCCCCUCGCCACUGUCCUUGAUCAACAUCAGAUGCUGGUCAAGGUCAUUCAAAUUGUGUUUUGCAUUCUAUUGGUUGUUGCCGCCAUUGCCGUUACAGCUUUCUCGGUUUGGGAUCGCCCCCGGAAUCUGAUCUCCAUCUGUGGUUAUGUCUUCUUCCUGUUCAUCCUCCUCAUCUGCUCCGCCCACCCCACAAAAGUAAAUUGGCGACCAGUAUUUGGAGGGUUAGCCCUGCAGUUCUUUUUUGCUGCUUUGAUUCUGAAAUGGAGUGUUGGUCAAGCAGUGUUUGAGUUUUUGGGAAAUCAGGUUCAAACCUUUCUAAGUUUUACCAACACAGGGACCAAGUUUGUGUUCGGAGACAAAUACAUAGAUCACCCAUUUGCCAUGAUGGUACUACCUGUGAUUGUGUUCUUCAGCUGUGCUAUCUCCGUGCUGUACUACAUAGGAGCCAUGCAAGUUGUCAUCAAUAAGAUUGCCUGGGUUAUGAGAGUCAGUCUAGGUACAUCUGCACCCGAAUCUCUGUGUGCUGCUGGCAAUAUUUUCAUUGGACAAACGGAAGCCCCUAUCCUGAUUCGUCCUUUCCUGGCCUUGAUGACAAAGUCGGAGCUCCAUGCCGUCAUGGUUGGGGGGUUCGCUACCAUUGCGGGGGGAGUACUAGCUGCUUACAUAUCAUUUGGAGUAUCAGCUGAGCACCUGUUGUGUGCCUCUGUGAUGAAUGCCCCCUGUGCCCUGGCAGUGUCCAAACUCUUGUACCCUGAGACCGAGUCCAGCAAACUCAGCAAGGCCUCGGACCUUGACAAGGAGGAAAAGACAGAGAGGAACAUCUUGGAGGCAGCAGCUGCUGGUGCCUCGUCUUCCAUUAAACUGGUGGCCAACAUUGCCGCUAACCUGAUCGCAUUCCUGGCUAUGCUGGAGUUUGUGAAUGCCGUUCUCUCUUGGUUUGGUGGCUUUGUAGGCUAUCCCGAGUUCUCAUUCCAGAUGAUCUGCUCUUACGUGUUGAUGCCAUUGGCGUACUUGAUGGGCGUAGAAUGGAAAGACUGUGGCAUUGUGGGAGAGCUAAUCGGAAUCAAGACUUUCCUUAACGAAUUCCUUGCAUAUGGAGAAUUAUCAACAUAUCUUACGAACAGAAAACAGUGCAUUGGCCAUAUUUUGGCAGUACGAUCAGAGAUCAUAGCCACCUAUGCCUUGUGUGGAUUCGCCAAUCUGAGCUCUAUAGGGAUCCAGCUAGGGGCUCUGAGUCCCAUGGCGCCCAGCAGGAAGGGGGACCUGGCUCACAUUGUACUGCGAGCUCUGUUAGGAGGGAUAGUCACAAGUCUCAUGACAGCUUGUAUAGCAGGGCUUCUUGUCCAGGAACCUCUGGUACAUCUCGGUUGUCUCAACUCCACUAUUGUCAACUCAACCACGACUCCUGUGAUGAACUCAACAUCGUCCUUGACCUUUGUGACACGCAUCAUUGAGCAGACAACUUUAUCCGUCUGA